AUGUCGCAGGCUGCUAUGAAUAACGCCAGCAUCAGAAGAAAACUAGUGAUCGUGGGAGACGGUGCAUGCGGUAAAACUUGUCUGUUGAUCGUUUUCGCCAAGGGCAAGUUCCCACAGGUUUACGUGCCCACCGUGUUCGACAACUACGUUGCGGAUGUGGAAGUGGAUGGCCGCCGCGUGGAGCUGGCGCUGUGGGAUACUGCUGGCCAGGAAGACUACGACCGUUUGAGACCGUUGUCGUACCCAGACUCCAACGUGGUGCUGAUCUGCUUUUCGAUCGACCUGCCCGACUCUCUUGAAAACGUGAUGGAGAAAUGGAUCUCGGAAGUGCUGCAUUUCUGUCAGGGCGUGCCCAUCAUUCUUGUUGGCUGCAAAGUGGAUCUCAGAAACGAUUCGCAGGUGAUCGAGAACUUGAGGGCCAACGGCCAGGAGCCUGUGUCCCAGGGUUCCGCCCAGGAGGUUGCCGAGCAGAUCGGUGCUGUCGAAUACAUCGAGUGUUCCGCCAAGACCGGUUACGGUGUGCGUGAGGUUUUCGAAGCUGCCACCAGAGCCUCGCUCAUGGGUAAGCAAAACAAAACCAAGAAGACCAAGUCCUCUGGCAAGAAGAAGAAGAAGUGUGUGUUGUUGUGA